GAAAGGAAUGUGUUGCCUGAGUGGGUUCCUUCUGAUGAUGAAGAAGACCAAGGCUUCAUUAAUGUGGAUGAUGAUGAUGGUUUUCAGGAGCCAAUAUUUGUGCAGCCUAAAGGGAGGAAGAGCAGAGCAAAGAAAUAUAAACCUAGGGUUUGGUAUGAUGAGAACAGAUAUAUGGCAGCUUCUCAGAUCAAAAAUGAGGAGACAUUUUGCAUCAAGAAGAUGGAGCUACAACAUACAUGUCCAACAGAUCCUACCAAUACCAGGGUGAAUUCAAAGUGGCUUAGCAGACAGUAUGUGGACAAAUUCAGGUCUGACCCAAAUACCAACAUCACUUCUUUGCAGGACAAAGCAAAGAAAGAUUUUGGUGUAUCAGUUCCCAAAAGGAUGGCAUACAGGGCAAAGACUAAAGCCAGGCAGAUGGUGCUUGGUGAUCAUAAGAAGCAGUAUUUUAGAAUCAGGGAUUAUCUACAAACUGUAAUUGAUAAAAACCCUGGUUCUAGAUGUAUUGUCACAACUGGACACAAUGCUGAUAUCUCCUAUGAACCAAGAUUCCAUGGUUUGUUCUUUUGUGUUAAUGCUGCAAGGCUAGGGUUUCUUGAAGGUUGUAGGCCAUUCAUAGGUCUAGAUGGUUGCUUUAUUAAGUUGACAACAGGUGCUCAAAUACUUGCUGCAACAGGAAGAGAUGGCAACAACAACAUGUACCAAAUUGCUUGGGCUGUUGUUGCUAAGGAAGAUACAGAGAAUUGGGUUUGGUUCUUAGAACAACUGAAAGAAGCACUUGGUGGAGAUGAAGGGCAAUUUGGAAGAUACACUAUCAUGUCAGACAGGCAGAAGGGCUUGCUGAAGGCAGUGUCAACUGUAUUCCCAAAUAGCCCACAGAGAUACUGCUUGAGGCACAUCUAUGCCAAUUUUCAAACUGCUGGCUUUAGAGGAGAAGAUUUAAAAAAGUGCAUGGACAAUGCAGCUUAUUCUUACACAAAGCAUGGAUUUGAUGUUGCAAUGGAAGAAUUAAAAAAACAAUCAGAGGCAGCUUGGGUGUGGUUGUCCAAGAUACCUGUGCACACAUGGGCCAGGUGGGCAAUGGACACAAACUGCAAAACUGACUUGGUUGUUAACAAUUUGAGUGAGGUGUUCAACAGGUACAUACUUGAUGUUAGGAGCAAGCCCAUUGUAACUAUGCUUGUUGGAAUUUAUGACAAGCAAAUGAUGAGGCAUGAUGGCAAGAGAGAUGGAGGACAGAAAGCUUCAUGGGCCAUAACACCACACUACACUGAGAUGUUGGAGCUGAUGAAGAAAUAUUCAAGGGCAUGUGUACCAAAGAGGUCAGAUAUUGACCUAUGGCAGGUACAAAGUGGAGACCAUACUGAAGAGGUAAACCUGGACAAAAGGACUUGCUCUUGCAGGAAAUGGGACCUGACAGGAAUGCCUUGCAAUCAUGCAGUUAGUGCUAUUUACCAAGCUGGCAUGCAUCCUGAAGAUUUUGUGUCAGAUUUCUUCAAAAAACCCAUGUAUGUGGCAAGCUAUAGGCCAAUCUUCUAUCCAAUGCCAGCACAACAUGGUUGGACCAAAACAAACACUCCAGACAUAAUGCCACCAAAGUUCAAAGACCACAUGUUGGGUAGAAGGCAAGAGAAGAGGAGGAAGGGAAAAACUGAAGUGCCCAAGCCUAAGGAUACAUCAAGAAUGGGUACCAUAACAUGUAGCAAUUGCAAAUUGCAAGGUCACAAGUAUACUAGUUGCACACAACCUUUGAAGCCUGACCUUGCCAUUAGGAAAAAUAAUCACAAGCCAAGUAGAACUAUGCCUCCACCAGGUUCUACUGUUCCAUCAGCUAGUGCUCCAUCUGCUAGUGCUCCAUCUGCUAGUGCUCCAUCAGCUACUGCUCCAUCUGCUAGUGCUCCAUCAGCUUCUACAGCAUCUGCUAGUGCUCCAUCAGCUUCUACAGCUCCACCAGCUCCAAGAUCAUCUGCAACAAGGCCUCCUACUGCUCCAGCAGCUCCAAGAUCAUCUGCAACAAGGCCUCCUACUGCUCCACCAGGUCCAAGAUCAUCUGCUCAAGGGAGGAGCCAGGGUGUGUAUUCAUACUUCACAGCUGGUGCAAAUGCAAGUGCUGGCAGAGAACCUGGAGUUGGACCUCUUGGCAAUUCAUAUGCUGGUCCUAGCUGUUCACCAGAUGAUUGUUAG